UCGUUACUAGUGACGCCGUCGAUGCACUCAAUUAUGACAAAUCUGGCCACACUGUUCUGGCCUGCGCAGUUUGGUGACAUUGGCUGUUGGAUACCCUGGUUAUAGAAGUUUCUUCAAAGCGUUUGUUUUGAUGUGCUUGUCGGUGUUUGAAUAAACGCGAUAUUGAUACAAAAAAAUGUUACCUUUAUCGUUAUUAAGAACAGCACAAAAUCAUCCUAUGCUUGUCGAGCUCAAAAAUGGCGAAACGUACAAUGGACAUUUAGUUAGCUGUGAUAGUUGGAUGAAUAUAAAUCUUAGAGAGGUUAUAUGCACGUCCAGGGAUGGCGAUAAAUUUUGGAGAAUGCCAGAAUGUUACAUUCGAGGUAGUACAAUUAAAUAUUUAAGAAUACCUGACGAAGUUAUAGACAUGGUAAAGGAAGAUGUGCAAAUGAAAUCAAGGGGCCGAGGUGAAAUGAAAGGAAGAGGACAAGGCCAAAGGGGACGCGGUAGUGGAAGAGGUACCUUUGGUCGUGGAGGAAGAGGUCCUGCGCCUCUUGGUCGUGGCGGUGCUAACCAGGGGUUUCUAUAUCCACAAAAUUGGAUAUAGAACAAAUUUCAAAAUAAACCAAGGAUCGAAUAAAAUUAUAUUUGCGUUAACAUUUUAGUCCAAUACAAUUGUUUCUUGAUCUUUUUUUAUAUCUUACUUUUUAAGGUUUUCACUUAUAGUUUUAAGACAGAAAUUUGAAAAAUAAUGUAAAAUAUAACAAUACUUAUUGCGUACUACAAUGUUAUUUUUUCAACUUAACAAUUUAGUAUUAUAGUUAUGUGAUUAUAUACUGUUUGUCCGCGAAAAGUUCUAGUUCACAGUCCUCGACCAAUAACGAUAACGCAUGCAAUGAAAGUGAACCUAACCUUAUUGCAGAUGAGCUGCAUAAAUGUACCAUAGAGAGAUGACUUGUUGGCUAGGCACCGACAAAUUGAACAGCACAAGGUCAAGGAGAGUAGGUUUUCGCGUCGCUUAAUUCCCACGAGAAAACACUGGAGAUAUAUCUUUGUUCUAUUCAUUAGUAUUCUGAGCGAACGAUUACGCCAUGUCGUUCACGUCUAUCGUCACGCGAUUGUGUUGCGAGCGACUCAGCCAAUGACAAUGCGUGUAAGAACAGGCGUCGUUACUACGCUACGGCCAAUCGGCGUGCCUAGUUAAAACUCGUCUCUCUUAUGAUAUUACGAUGAGUAAGUAGAGACUACGUGAAAAUUAAAGCA